CUAUCUCUCUUUCUUUCUCUCUCUCUAUCUAUCCAUCUUCCUCUUUCUCUUUCUCUUUCUUUAGUUUUGAAUAUAUGGGUCCUUGUACUGCUAAACCUGUCAUUUGCAUUUCCAUAUUUCUAUUUAUAAGCUGAGAUUCAAGUUUAAAUUUGUUUUAUUUCUCUUUGUUUCUCUUGUUUUGUCUCAGAUCUGAGAUUUGAGAUUCUCAGAUCGAAUAUUGGAUUUUGGAGCCCUAAUAUGCUCAAUUACUGGUUCAUGGAAAUGUAGAUCUGGGUUUAGCUUCAAUUGAUUUGCAGUGAAAAUGUGGGAAAUGUUUGCUGUAGUUUCCACUCCGUUGUUUGGGGAUUGGGAGAGUUUCCAUUUCUAGUCUCCUCAAAUCGAGUUUGAUUUAUAUUUGGGAUUUAAUAAAUUUUUAAUAUAAUUUCGAAUCUGAGAAGUACUAAUUUUGAAAAAGUUUCAAUUUUUGCUUUCAUUUUCUCCGGGGCCAAGCUAGAUCCGUUUGGGUUGCUCUAUUUGUGUUAGACUGUGUAGUUUGGUCCUUGAUUUGUUUCUUGUUAUUGAUGUUUUUGGUUGGCCUUUUCACGGUCUUGAAGGGGGGUUACAUUGUACAAUGCACCAUUUUCAUUUGUAUUAUUCAAAUAAUUUUAUUAAAUAGUCAAUUCAAAACCUGACAUGUACAACUUUUCAUUGUCUGCUGUAUUUCUAGCUCUAAUGGAUGAUGAUGCGUUGAACAUGCGUAACUGGGGUUACUAUGAACCAUCUUUCAAAGGCCAUCUUGGCCUGCAGCUCAUGUCAAGCAUGGCAGAGCAGCGUGAUACCAAAGCAUUUCUACCUGGACGUGAUCCUACAACCGUUAUGGUCAGCUCCAAUGGCACCUUUCAUACCAAUCAUCCCAGGGAUUGUGUUGUAUCCGAUGCUCCUGUCCCAAUGAACUAUGUAAGGGACAGUUGGGUGAAUCAGAGAGACAAGUUUUUGAACAUGUUGCCUCCAAAUACCAACUAUGGUGUUCUUCCGGAAACAUCUGGAGCUCACUCGUUGCAGAUGUUGCAGCCACCUGAGGCUGCACCAAGGGAUGAGAGGGUGGUGGGUAGAAUUGAAGAGCCUGUUGUUAAUAAGGAAAGUGGCCCCUCAAAGAAAAGACAGGGUGGUGGGGGUGCCCCUAAAGCCCCAAAAGUGAAGAAGCCAAGGAAACCAAAGGAAAAUAACAACUCUGCUCUUGUUCGUGUUAAGCCUGCAAAGAAGAGUAUGGAUGUUGUCAUCAAUGGCAUUGAUAUGGACAUUUCUGGAAUCCCAAUUCCAGUUUGCUCCUGCACUGGAACUCCACAACAGUGUUAUCGAUGGGGUUGCGGUGGCUGGCAAUCUGCUUGUUGUACAACAAAUGUGUCUGUGUAUCCUUUGCCAAUGAGCACUAAAAGGCGUGGUGCUAGGAUAGCUGGAAGAAAAAUGAGCCAAGGUGCUUUCAAGAAGGUAUUGGAGAAACUUGCAGCAGAAGGUUAUAAUUUUGCCAAUCCAAUUGAUUUGAGGGCUUAUUGGGCGAGGCAUGGUACCAACAAGUUUGUCACCAUCAGGUAGAUUUACUUUGUUGGUGUCGUCAGUGGGACUCAAUUGCAUCUGGUAUGCUUCACCUGUAUAUAUAUCUAUGGCCUCUUGCAGAGAUCUUUAUGCUCUUCUUUGUAGUUGUUGGAUUUUCGAUGUUGACUGAUGAUACUUGUUGUAUUUGGAAUUGUUGUUAAAUUUUCCAUUCGGCAUAUGAUAAGGGCUGAUUUUUUUGGCCACUAAGACUUUAUGUGGA